AAAAUUAAUCCAAAACCCUAAAACCUGAGAACGCUCUCACAGUUUCACUCACACUCACACACUUUUCUGCACCUUCAAUCAUUUCCAUGGAAACAUAGGCAAAGAACGAAGAAGAAGGAACUCAAGAAGAAUAAGAAGCUUUAGAUCCCUGUAAAAGGAAAAUGUCAGCGCUUGCAUACCUGGCGAAAUCGCGGCCCCUUUUGAGGCCGCAGAGCUUCAAAUCCAUCUCCACGUUCGCGCAUCUCCGGCAGGAGGCGCAGCAGCUAGAGGAUCCCUCUCCGGAUCCUUCGCCUCCCCCCCUCCCGCCGAACCCGGCCUCCGGAAGCCCCCGUUACAGCGAGAACUGGCGGAGCUCGGCCGCCGCCGACGACGGGGCGCUCAUCCCCCUCGGCCUGGGGUUCCUUCAGCAGUCACAGGCGUCGAGGAUGCAGCUUCACUCCCAGACGCUCGACGCCCGGGGUUUGAUGAAUAAGUUCGCCGAGUGGAUGACGACCCAGAAUUGGGAGGACAUGAAGCAGCUGUUCGAGGUCUGGGUUAGGUCGCUCGAUAAGAACGGAAAGCCGAACACGCCGGACGUGGAUCUUUACAAUCACUACCUGCGCGCGAAUUUCAUGAUUGGGGUGGAUGUUUCGGAGCUUGUCGAGCUUGUGGAGCAGAUGGAGGGAUACGGGAUCAGUCCUAAUUCAGCGUCGUACAAUCUUGUGCUCAAGGCAAUGGCGAGGCACAGGCUGGUGGAUACGGCUGUGCUGUUGUUCGAAAGAGUGCUCCAGAAAGGAAAAGAACAAAACGAAACCUUGGUGGAUCAAGAGUCUUAUGACUUAGUUAUUUGCAUGCUUCUUUCUGUAAAUAAGAUCGAUCCUGCCGUGAAAUACAUAGACCUGGCAUUGAAAUCUGGAUAUAUGUUGUUACCGGAUGCUUUUCGGAGUUUCGUGCAGAAAUGUGUUUCUAAUCGAAAGCUGGAUACAUUGGUGUCGAUUAUCGAAAAAUGCAAAAAAAUGGAUGAGAACAAAUCCCUUUGCCCUCCUUGGAACCAAGCCAUUUACCUUGCUGAGGUCGCCAUGCAGUGGAAUAACAGUGAUCUAGCAUAUUAUGCUCUUGAGUUCAUGGUAAAGUGGAUUACCCGUGGGCAGAAUUCGAACCCGCCAGAUCUUUAUUCGGCAAACGAAGGACUGGUUGUCUCGGCCCUUGCAACUGCCGGCCGAACUUACAGUUCGAGGCUCCUUGAUGGUGCGUGGGCCAUCCUCAAGUUUUCACUGCGCGGAAAGAAGCUUCCUAAUCCCGAAUCUUACCUAGGGAAAAUAUAUGCCUAUGCUAAUCUGGGGAGCCUGGAGAAAGCAUUUGUCACUCUGCUUGAAUUUGACAAGGUUUAUGGAAAUACAGACCGAGAAGAUGGUGAGGAUCUUUUUUCUCCAUUUUAUUCUUUAAAGCCUCUGGUCAUGGCCUGCUCCAAGGAUGGAUUUGCAACUCUAGACAAAGUUUAUUAUCAGCUGGAAAAUUUGAGUCAAGCCAACCCUCCACACAAGUGUGUUGCUGCUCUGAAUUGUGUAAUUCUUGGCUGUGCAAAUAUAUGGGACGUUGAUCGUGCUUACCAGACGUUUAAUGCAAUUGAUUCAGCGUUUGGGUUGACCCCAGACGUUCAUUCCUACAAUGCUCUCAUAUGCUCAUUUGGCAAGCAGAAGAAGGUACCUCAUCUGAAGCUUUGCACCUCAGGCAUAUGAUUUUAGAAAGAUUCAAUUAACAUUUCUAAUUACUGAUGCUAUAUUUU